AUGCUGGACCAUCCUUCACUUCCUCCUCAGCUCCUCUCACUCUGUCUCCUGUUUCUGGUGUGUAGUGUGAACAAGGGGGCCUGUUCCCCUGGAGAGGGCAGGAGGAUUUGGCAGCAACCCAAGCCGGACCUCUUCAUCAAAGACCAGGCUCUCCUUCAUGACAACUUCCCUUCAGGAUUUCUCUGGGGGACAGGGACAUCUGCCUUCCAGACUGAGGGAGCCUGGGAUCAAGAGGGGAAAGGCGCAUCCAUCUGGGACCAUUUCACCCACUCAAGUGCUGGCAGUGAUUUGGAAAACAAGACGGCAAAUGUGGCAAGUGACAGCUACAUGCGCUGGGAAGAAGAUGUCGAGGCACUGGAAUAUCUGGGUGUUAAAUCAUACUUUUUCUCUCUCUCUUGGCCGAGAAUCUUCCCUGAUGGGGUUGCUAAAAACCAGCCAAAUGCAGCCGCUGUGGAGCAUUAUAGCCGCCUCAUAGAGAAGCUUCAUGAAAAAAACAUUGAGCCUGUUGUCACUCUCUAUCAUUGGGACCUGCCACAAGCUCUACAAGAACGCUAUGGAGGCUGGAGAAAUGACACACUGGUUGAGCUGUUUGAGGAGUAUGCUGCAUUUUGUUUCCACAAAUUUGGGAGCCGCGUUAAGCUCUGGUUUACGAUGCAUAAUCCAUAUCUAGUUGCUGUGCAGGGGUACGGGACAGGUGUGCACGCCCCUGGAGAAACAGGAGGUCCAGCUGUCCCUCUCAUUGUGGCCCACAACCUGAUCAGGGUAGGUUAAGUGUAAUGAUCAGUGAGUCUGAAGUGCAUGUAGUAUUUAUGCAAGCAUAUAAUCUGUCUGCGACCUUCGAACCUCUGCAACAGUAUCAGGUUAUGAUGGACAGUGUGUGUGUUUUCACCCUGCAAAUGAUUUUAGGUCACAAGACAGCAAGGUAAAAGGCCUAACCAAUGCUGCUCUCAUAUUUUGUCAGAAAGAAUAAAAACACUGGAAUAGGAUUUCUUACAUGGUCAAGUAGUUUUUUUAUAUACACUUUUAUUUAUUUGUUUUUCGUGCCAUUACCACUCUACCUCCAGAAAGUGCAAUAUUACUCACUAUGCUGCUAUUUUACCCUUAGUUUUUAUUGUUUUUAUUUUUUUCUGUAUAUAAAAUUAAACACCAUCAUGCUGUGACAUGGAAGCCAAGCAACGACAUUUUGUUGCAGAGAGAAAUCACUGCUGUUUAAUUCUGUGCAAUAACAAAUAAAGAAAAUCUAAGUCUAAGUCAAGUCCAGUGCAGCCUAAAAACUCACUGUUUCAUCAUCUCCUCCAUUUUAAAAGCAGCUCAUAUUUUACUAUGACAAGCGUGUGAUCUGUAAACAGAACACUUGAGCAGACAUGGAGGUCAGAGUCCGCCACAUCAGCGCUUUCUUGCAGGAAGUCAUGGAGAUACGCUUCGCUGAUAAUCAUCCGUGUUUAUACAGCAUAGCACAGGUGGUAUGUGAACAGUUAGUGUGGUGCAGAUUAAAUGAGCAAUUUCCUGCUACUUAUUGUCUUUAUGAUCACACUCUCUUACCUCAAGGAGAAGAAGAAGAAACAGCUUUUGACUUCAUGGUCUGUUUCUUAUUGUUAGUUUGAAAAAUGUCACAUUCAACUGUUACUGAAAAUGAAUCAAGAUAAAAUAAAAACAAAAAAAGUCCAGGUAGAGGAUCAGAUGCACCAAAAUGAAAAAAAAAGUAACAUGCAUGACAUUUUCAGUCAUUUUAAGCACAUCUGGACCAAUACAAACAUCAAGUAAUAUUGUGCACAAUACCACAACCCUAGAAAAAGAUUCAGACAUUAUUAACUCUGUUGUUCACACAUGAAUGUCCCUACUGUUAGGCUUUUAAGUGUCCUAUUUGAAAAACAUGUUUUUUUUUUUGUUUUUUUUUUGCCUACAAAGUGAUUGAGUAUUAGAAAUCAGGAUAUGAAACUGUGAAUAAAAUUCUAUCUGCUGUAAUUUUCAGGCUCAUGCCAAAGCUUGGCACACCUACAACAACUACUACCGUCCAACACAGAAGGGUCAGGUAUCCAUCGUUUUGGGAUCUCACUGGGUCGAACCUCAAAGAGGAGAAGCUAUGGGUGAUAAUGUCGAGUUUUGCCAACAGUCCAUGGAGGCCGUCCUUGGCUGGUUUGCCAACCCUAUCUUUGGUGAUGGAGACUACCCAGUCUCUUUAAAGACCAAACACGGAGCUCUCAUGCCCUCAUUCUCCACUGAGGAGAAGCUCUGGGUGCAGAACACAGCAGACUUUUUUGCUCUGUCCUUCGGGCCAAACAACUUCCGUCUGGGUCGAGGCCUGGAGAGGAAUGGGCAGACGGUGUUCCCUGACCUGAGGCGUGUACUGGGCUGGAUAAAGCUGGAGUAUGGGGACCCAUGGGUGAUUGUUGCUGAAGGAGGCUGGUUUUCUGAAGCCAGUGUGGGAAGAGAGGACACAGUGGCCAUUUACUGGAUGAAGAGGUUUAUCUACCAGGUUCUGCAAGGUAAAUAUAGAAUAGAAAGAGGAAACAUCAGAACUUAGAUAAAGAUGAAAAGAAUGAUCAUUUCUUUUCUUUUUUUUUUGGUGUGUUUUACAUUCAGCUAUCAAGUUGGAUGGUGUAAAGGUGUCUGGGUACUCCACUUGGUCAUUGGUAGAUGGAUUUGAGUGGAAUUAUGGCUUCAAUGUGAGGCGCGGCCUUUUCAACAUUGACUUCUGCCAACAAAACCGAACAAGGAUACCUAAAACCUCUGCACAGUACUACAAACAAGUUAUUACAGACAAUGGUUUUCCCAGGGAUGAAACCUCCAGGGAGAUCAGAGGCAGUUUCCCCUGUGACUUUCACUGGGGGAUCGCUGACUCUACUUUACAGGUAAAAAAAAAUAUAUUAUCUACUGACCCAAGAGAAGUAUUUAAUUAAAGUUUAUACCUAAUUAUUUUUCUUUUUUGUAGGUCCAGUUCUACCCUUUCUCACCACAGUUUACAGACCCACAUCUGUACACCUGGAACCUGACAGGAGAUAAUUCAUUGCAUCCAGUUUCUGGGGUGACGAUGCAAACUAGACCAGCCCAGUGCACAGACUACCUAGCUAUCCAUAAUCAUCUUCGUCUGCUGAAAUCUACAGGGGCUUCUCACUUCUGCAUUGCCCUCAACUGGUCUCUGAUUUUACCCCAGGGAGAUCUUUCGAAUGUGAACGUUGAAGCUUUAAGGUAAAAAUUUAUAAAUGUGGACUGAUUCUAACCCAGUGUUUUUGCACCUUUAUCAAAAACAUUCUCAGUUGAGAUUCUCAUUUUGUCUACACACUUGCAUUACCUGGUUGUUUUACCUUUUAUCAUCUCACGAUUGUUCCAAAAGGUACUACCGCUGUGUCCUGACUGAGCUCAAGAGGAUGGACAUAAAUGCUGUCGUCAUACUCUACUACCCCACACAUAGAGCUCCGAAUCAGGGCUUGCCUGAGCCUUUGUACGCCUCUGGUGGUUGGCUUAACUACAGCACAGUGGAGGCUUUUCAAGAGUAUGCUGCACUUUGCUACCAGCAGCUUGGGUCCUGGGUUCCUUACUGGAUCACUAUAAAUGACCCAAACAGACUGGUAGAUGUAUAUUCUAGUGAGAAAGAGAAGCAUCAAGCGGUUCAUCACUUGAUCCUGGCUCAUGCAAAAGCAUGGAGGCUGCACGAGAGGGAGUAUUCAAGUCAGCAAAGUGCAAAGGUAUCACUUGCAUUACAUGCAGACUGGGCUGAGCCUGCGAAUCCUUUCCUGGAUUCACAUUCAGCAGCAGCACAGAGGUUCUUGUUGUUUGAACUCGGUCGCUUCUUGGACCCUUUGCUGGGGACAAAAUACGAGAAAGAGCAUGACAAAGGGGACUAUCCUCAAGAAAUGAAGGCGCAUCUGGAGGAGAGAGCCCGAGUAACGGGCAUCCCUGGCUCCCCUCUCCCUAAUUUUACCAAGACCGAGAGAAAGGAGAUCAGAGGAACAUUGAGCUUCAUCGCCCUGAACCAUUUCACCACUCGGCUGGUCUCUCCAUAUCCCCCCACACAUUCUAAAUUGAAGCACAAGCAGCCCCCUGAUCAUGGCUGUCUGAUACUUACUGAUCCCACCUGGACCUCCUCUGGUCUGGGACAGGCCCUGGUACCCUGGGGCCUGAGGAAGAUCCUGAACUGGGUGAGCCAGAGAUAUGGAGAGGCUUUGCCUAUCCUUGUCACAGCCAGUGGGGUGGAUGACCAGGCUGUUGUGGAGGACAAGCUCAGGCAGCACUUUCUCAGGAGUUACCUACAAGAAGCACUAAAAGGUGAGACACUAAAAAUUCAGUUGGCUCACAAUAGCGCCCCACUUAAAGAAAAGUAUCUUGUUGUAAGUAUUUUGUUCAAUAUUUUUGUGUUUUUGUAAUGUUUUAUAAUUGGGAUGACUGCUGUUCACUUUGCCCAUAUUUUUUUGGAGUUGAUCUAUUAUUAUAUUGUUAUUGUCCUCCAUUACAGUCUAUAAUGAGGUAUGUGGUAUUGCCAAGUGUAUCAGCUUUUGGACCAUCCCAAUACCACCAUAACAAAAUUAGCUGGAGGUAACAAUAAUAGGCAACAACAAUACAGUAAUACGUAUUUUUAAUCACCCUGGCAUAUGGGUUGGAACUAGAACUGGAAUCAUUAAGACAAAAUUGGACAGUCUUGUCUGGCUUGUUUAAUCUAUGUCUGUGCAUUCAUAAUUUGUGAACACCUGCUUCAUAUUUGCCCCUAAUUAUAAACCUGAUAUGAAAUAUGUGUCCGCAGUUAAGUCUGAUAUGUAUCAUUAAUUUUCAGUGGGAACAAAACAGACCUCAGUACAGGAUGUUGAUAUGACCAUAAUGGAUCCUGCUAUAAAACUAGACUUUAAACCUAACCCUAGAGAUUAUAAAAGAGAGGGGGAAGAACAGAAAACAUACUGCAGUGACAGUGUUGGCUGCACAGAUUGCCUUUAUUUCCCCUUAGCUUACCUGUAUUUGCAUAUGCACUGUUUGCCAUAAUAUUGACACGGUGUGAGUGGGGAGUGAAUUAACGUCACACAUCUCUGUGUAUUUGUUUCCAGCUCAUAACUUUGAUAGAGUCAAUCUCCAGGGCUUUUACAUGUGGAAACUGCAAGAUCGACAGGUCCCCCAGUUUGGCCUCUUCACAUCAUCGCAACACAACUCAAAAGCCAAAGCCUCCAUGACUGUCUACAGAGAGAUCAUCACUCAUGGUGGUUUCCCCAAAGAUAACACUACUCAGACCUGCAGGCCCAGUAAGCUGCAGGAACCCUGCUCCGCCUGUGUAUGGAUGUCCGAAAACAAAGCUCUGCUUGUGUUUGGAGGCUGUCUCCUAAUCACAGCUGUUAUGUUUGUAGCGCUCCUCAUCUUUGUCAUCAUCACCAAGAGAAACCAAACAAGAGAAAGGGGGAUGAAGAAGGUGAACCGAAGGAAUGAAGGGUUUACUGUGUGCCCAUGUCCGCCUGUUAAGUAUAAACUGUAGAGACACAGGCUCACAUUAACUGCAGACUCCUGCCGGAUAAUUUAUUUCCUAUUUUCAUUUUUAUUUUGAAAAAUUGAUCAUGUGACUUUUAUGUUUUACCUCAUUAAAGAACAGGAAUACGUAACCUAACUGCUCAAAUAACCUUUGAAAAAAAUGUGUCAAUUAUGUAUGUAUGGUAAUAAAGCAAGUCAGUGAUGACCGGCCCAAAAUGUGGCUUAACACAAUACUUUCCUUGAACUGGGUUAUCACAUUUGUGUUUGCACUAUUUCAAAAAUGUAACUUUUGAGUGGUAAAGUGGAUAAACAGUACAAUGAACUGAUGGAUUGAUGUAUAUGUGGGUGGAUGGUUGGAUAAACGGGCGAGUGGAUCCACUUCAUCAAACUUGAAAAAUACUGUAUUUUUCAUUUGACAGAGUGCAUCUCUUCUAACAAUGACGCCCCCUAGUGUCAUAAAACAGAAUAAAAUACUGAUAUCCUCAGUAACUCCACAAAGAGCAACUAAAGCACAUCAGUAUUUCACACUGUCAUCACUUUAUAUGUUUUUAACACACAAAUCCCCCUUCAGCUAUAAUAACUUCUUCUUAUUCAAACAGAAGUUGGAUACAAACAGAAAACUGUUAUUUCGAGCAGGAGGAAGUAAGCCAAAUAUUCACACAUAAUCUAAAUAUUGCAGUGUCAGGACUAACAAAAUAACAGAUUUGUAGAUUCAUGCCAACAAGCUUUAAUUAGCAAGCACUGACUAUGAAUUUUGCCACCUGACACAGUUGCUUGAGGGACAGCUUACAUUAGGCCUGCACAUCUGCAGAUGGAAGAUCCCUCUAAAUUAGGAGUAUUUCCAUAUUUCCUGAUAUGUUUUCAACCCACCCUGAUAAUUCAACUUUGAUCAUAUGUGUUAAGUAGUUACAAAAAACAUUUAUUUAGGCUAGUUAUAACGUGUUAUAGGGGAGAGUGGGGUAAGAUGAGCCAUUUUUCAUAUUUCGGAUCACUACAUCAAGGCAAUCAUAGUUUUGUCUCUAACUAGUGUAUCUGCAUAUAUUUCAAGAUGUUGCAAAUCCCUGCAAACCAUCAGAAUGAGUGUAAACAUAACUGUCUUGAUAAUAUAGCAUGCCAAAAAAAAGUGGUCUCCUAUGGUCAACUUACCCCGUGUAUGGGGUAAGUUGACCAUAGGAGCGGGGUAAGUUGAGUCGUAUCCCUACUACUCCCCCACUCUUCACCCCAGCCCUCCCUCACCUUCUCUCUCCCUAAAUAACAGUCACUUCUUCACAUUCAUGUGUAUUUUUAUCUAUUAUACACUAUUCAACUGGUACAAUAGUUAUCUUUAUUAUUAUUGCAUAUAACUGCUAAAAAGCUGUUUUGUAAAAAGACAUUUUAACAUGAGAAUGCCUUUAAGUGAUUCAGAACAUUCACAGCUGUAUUUUUGAAAAGAAAAAGUAAUACAUUUCAACAAUCUGAAUUGAAACUCUGAUCCUCUCAUCAGACUUCUACUCAUACUUACCCCUGGCCGAAUGGCUCAACUUACCCCAGAACUACUAUGAUGACUUUAUUAGUCCUCUAAGCUAAAAUGGUGGACUUUUAUGUGAGGUUUUUGACCUCAUGUUGUAGCUCAUAGAUACCACAAUUGAUGUAUAAAACAAAUUUAAAAUGAUCUUUUUUGGUCUGAACACAAUUCUAAUAAAACAUAUGACAGACUAAAUUCA